AUGCAGGUAACCCAGUUAUCUUCAGCGACCGGUGAGCAAAUCGAGAAUGACGUCGUGACUGCACCUCGUCAGCUUUCGGAGUUUUGGGGCGAUGCCAUUCCGCCUUAUGCCAUUCUCUCUCAUCGAUGGGGAGAGGAAGAAGUAAGCUUUGAGCAGUUUUCGUUUUCCCCCGCGACAGCCGAACGGAUGAAAGGAAUCCGAAAGAUCAAAUACUGCGCCGCGCAAGCAAAAAAAGAGGAUAUCGAUUGGUGCUGGGUAGACACAUGCUGCAUCGACAAACGCAGUAGCACGCGGGAGCUUUCAGAAGCCAUAAAUUCAAUGUAUCAGUGGUAUCACAACGCCGAAUGCUGUUACGCGUAUCUUGAAGAUAUCACAUAUGAGAAAGAGCUGGAAUCGUUGAUGCCAGCGGAACUCGUUGUCGAGAGCAAAUGGUUCUCUCGGGGCUGGACAUUGCAAGAACUCAUCGCGCCGAAGAAGUUAAAUUUCUACUCCUCGUCUUGGGUCGACAUGGGGCAAAGAAGUAUAUCCUCAGAACUUAUCUCUCGCCGUUGCGGGAUAGACAGGGACAUUCUGGACGGAAAAUCGUCUAUUGAUGGCGCUAGCGUUGCUCAGCGAAUGCGAUGGGCUUCGAAUCGGGAAACCAGACGUGUUGAGGAUGUUGCGUAUUGCUUAAUGGGAUUGUUCGAUGUGAAUAUGCCAUUGUUGUAUGGUGAAGGACGUAAGGCAUUCAUCAGACUCCAAGAAGAGAUAAUCAAAAGGUCUGGAGAUCAAUCAAUCUUCAGUUGGAUAGAUGAGUCUGCUACCCGAACAACCCUUCGCGGCCUUCUCGCACGGACUCCGAACGAGUUUCGGCACUGUAACAAUAUGAGACGUGUCGAUACGAGGUUUACUAUACCCUUCGAAGUAACGAAUAUGGGCCUCCACAUUUCACUGCCCAUCACGGACAAUAGAUAUUCGCAGUUUUCGCAGGGUCGAAUACAUGGCCACCCUAGGCUGCAGAAGUGGCAGCGACGAAGUACCUGA